GUUUCCGUGGAAAUACAAACCUUUGUGGACGAAAUGUGGAGCGAAUUGUUCUUUCUUGAGUUAGGCCCUUUCAAUAUUCAUUUUUAUUUGUAAAGAUUAGUAUUAAUAAUAGUUUUUUUUUGUUUGCUGUAGAUUAAAUUACCUUUAUUGAGUUUUAUGGUCUAAAAAUUUUUAGUAUUGUAAUUGUUCCAUUGCUUGAUAUCCAUGCAGUACUGGCUGGUCCUACUAAUAUUUCAACACUUAAUUUACUGAAGGUAUAAACACGACUGGUUAAGAAGACAUAAAGGAACCAAUAAUCAACCAUCCCGACGUAAACUUAGGAAACCACGUUGCAGUUGGCCCCUGACAGCCGCUCCACAUGCCAUUACUAUAUUUUGAAUGAAAGACACGUUCAGUUGAAAUCACAAGCCAUUAUUAAUAGAUAAGAAAAAAAUGACAAAUCGGCCUACAGAUUGACGGCCUGCGUUAUUCAUCACGAAAUGCUCGAGUCGUGUAGUCUGAACCGGUGCCGCAAUCACCGGACCAACAGACUUAAAUCUUGAUCAACAGACUUAAAAUGGUCAUUCUGACUAAACACAGCUAAAGAUUUUAAAUGAACUCUGGAUUCUGGAAGGCUACACAAGCCUAGAAGUGUGGAUGGGAAGAGCGAACCGAUGCACAUGGCCAUGUUUAUUGUUUAGUUUACUUCAUUUUUAUUUAUAUAUAUUCUUUAUAGCUAAUAUAUUCAAAUAACAUUAAAAAAAAUCUAGAGUGCGAGACCUCGUGGACAUCGAUCUCGCUAAAUAAAGCCGAUAUACUUUCGACUUUCGAGAACAAUACAGCACUCCCUAGUUCGUGUUGCAAGUGAACCGGUGACUGAAAUUCUUCCCGAUUCUCUAUUCUGGCCGUCAUGGAACCAACAAUUAUAUUGGUAAUAUUUUAAUCUUUUAACAUAUACACAGAACCUUCAAAAACGAUUGAGUCCUUUAGGCUAGUCGAUGCAUGCAUGCCGCUUGCUGGCACCUGCUUGAUCGGACAGAUCGUUCUGCUGAUACCUGCCUCAAAAGCAAGUCAAAAGAAAUAAUCUGCAUUAGUUUAUGCACUUUUAAUCGCAUAAAAUUGUCUGGACUUUAAAAGGGACUGCGGCCCAUGAUCUUGUUUCGAAAUGUAUUCUCAGUAAUGAUAGGAGCAAAAGACGCCUAUAAGUGAUGAUACAUCGUAGGUACUUGUACAAUAAAUGAUUUAAUUUCAUUUCUAGAGAAGUUGUGCCGAUCGGUUGCCCAGUAAGAAGAUAGAACUAAAAUCGAACAUGGUUGGUCCGGGUGGAUCAACUAUGGUCGCAUGUUCCGCGAUUUUCAGUAGUUGUCGAGAUAUUGUGUUGUGAGACUUGUAAUUAUUACGUGCAUUCGCAAUGAUACAGCGUAUUUGUAAAAUUAAUAUUUAUAAAUGCCUAAUCACCAAUGCAAUAUGUCAUUUCAAUUUUGUGAGUGUAUUACCGAGUAAUUACAAAAUAUCACUAAUCAAUGAGAAAGCGGGAGGGUUAUUCAAGGAUGUGUAAAGUCACUGCAUACAGCUCUGUAUUUAUUUUUCGUAUGGAAUAUCAUCAAAUGUAUCCCUCCGCUUUGGGCUGAGCUACUUAGUCAUUCUUUAUAUUAAAUAUACUUACUAUAUAAUAAGUUGGCAAUCUCCUCGUGAAUCCUAAAUAGCUGUACAAUUUUGUCAAGGCAUUGCAUACUUUAUGGAACAAACAGACAAAACGACCUAUCUAUUGCGAAUAGGGAAGCGUUACAUAGUUCGAAGGUGUCGCAGGAAUAGCCUACGAGAGUCCUCAGGUAUAAGUACGGCAAUACUGGGCCGCUCGCGAAGCUUCCAGCCGUCCAGCGGCAGUCAAGCCGCGGCCGCCGUCGGCGCCGGUUCUGCCGCGAUCGCGGCCAGCUCGCGACACUCGCGUACUUUGCUACGCCGCGCUGAAUUUCACGUACGCUUCACAAACUUUGAAAUGUGUUCGUCAAUGAUUACAGUAUGAUUUUAUUGUAGUUGAUGAAGCAAAGCAUACGUAUUGAGUUUUAGGAGUGGAUUCUGCUGUGAUGCGGGUGGGCUCGCGGGCGGCGCGCGUGCUCAACGUGGCGGCGGCGCUGCUGGUGUCGGGCCUGCGCCCCGCGGCGGCGCCGGCGCGGGCCUGCGCGCGCGCCUCUCUGUGCGCCUGCCGCCGCGACCACCAGGCCUGCAGCGACGUGCCCUUCCAUCGGUUCCCUGAUACCGAGGAGGGCGUGGGCCACGUGUCAGUGUCGGCGGCGCGGCUGGGCGCGCUGGCCGAGGCGGCGCUGGACGGGCGCGCGUUGCGCACCCUCGUGCUGGUGGCCUCGCGCCUGCAUCACAUCGAGCCUGGCGCCCUCGCGUCAAUGGUUUCUACGCUAGCUUCUUUAGAUUUAGGGUACAAUGAGUUUACUGAAAUACCUUUAGAAGCUUUGCGAGACCUUCAAGUUUUGAACUGGCUUAAUUUGCAAAACAACUAUUUAAGUGAUUUGGAUUCUCGUUUGGAUUGGGGCUUCCUGGGCGAUUCACUGAGCAGCUUGUCCUUAAGUAAUAAUCAGUUAUGCUCCCUGGGCGAGGGUGCGCUGUCGUCGCUGCGGCAGCUAGCGCAGCUUGACCUGGACGGGAACCGGCUGCACGCACUAGCGGGUGGUGCGCUGCCACCGACGCUGGCGCUGCUGCGCCUCUCCGACAACUUGCUGCAGCAGCUGCCGUGCGCGGCGUUGGCGCGCUUGCCGCGUCUGCGACACCUGCACCUCAGAAACAACAUGGUGCGCCCUUCGCACAACCGUACUUGCACGAGUCAACAUUCCAAGAUCGAUUCCUUGGACUUGAGCCAUAACGAGCUAGACGACCUAUUUGAACUAGAAUUUCAGCAAAGGCUACAGCUUAAACAACUUGUGCUAGAUUUUAAUGAAUUCAGUUCAGUCCCAUCUUUCGUACUGGACAGUGUGCACCUCGAAAAGCUGUCGAUAGCGCAUAAUAAGGUGGGGCACUUGUCGGCCGCAACGGUGCACGCUCUCCGGCGCGACCUGGAGCGGCUAGACUUAGAUCAUAACGAGCUGACGUCACUGCCGGCACUUGUUAUCGAGCUCACUCGGCUGCGGCAUCUUUCAGUAGCAUACAACCGUAUCCAGGAGUUAGUAGACCUACCUCCACACCUCCACUUUUUAUCGUUGGCCGGUAACUACUUCAAGUCGUUCCCAGCAGGGCUCCGAGGCUUGGCUCCGUCGACUCUAGCCUACCUAGACCUGAGUUACAAUCAGAUUUUUUCGUUGACUCUGGAGAAUUUCGACGCAUGGUCUGAGGCGCUGACUACUCUCAACCUGAAAGGUAACCGCCUGGUGCACAUUUCGAGCGACGCCUUUCCCGGGUCGUUGCCGCUGCGCGAGCUGGUGCUCAGCUUCAAUGAGCUGUACCACGUGGACGAGUCUGCGUUCAGCAACCUUACGAAGCUGGAGGUGCUCGAACUGUCUUCCACAUUGUUCACGGGAGACUUUCCAGUUGUCGCUAGCAACCACUUACUUUCCUGGCUGAGCUUAGAUAAUAAUAAUAUUCACUACAUUUCAAGCGGAAACAUACAGCAUUUCCCGUCGCUGGAGUAUCUAAACUUAGACUUUAAUAAAUUAAUAGAAUUUUCAAGUGAAGUGCUCGGAACAAACCUUUCCUGCAAGCUAAAGGAACUGCGGCUGUCUUAUAAUUAUCUAAGUAGGAUAAACUAUGAGUUUCUAUCUCAUCUGAACGAGCUUCAGAGCGUAGACCUGUCGUACAACCGCGUCCAAAACAUCAGCGAGCGUAGUUUCGUCAGUUUACCGAGCUUAGUUUAUUUAAACUUGGCAGGAAACGCCGUGGAGUCUAUAGCUGACCGAGCGUUCAGUCACCUGCCUAAAUUAGAAGGGCUCGACUUACAGGAUAACCAUUUGGUGGAAUUUUCUACAGAAUAUUUUGAAAACGUGUCCAGUGAAGACACGAACAUGUCUGUGAACAUCAGUUACAAUAAAAUAUCAUCACUGGUCGGCGGCAAAUCACCGGUCCCCAUAAACACUCUCGAUAUGUCGCAUAAUCAGUUGGAACAUUUACCAAAAGCUUUCUUAAGUUGCUUAGGCCUGUCUUUGCGUCAAAUCAUUCUGUCAGACAACUUCUUAACGCACAUUGACAACUUGGCUUUCAGUUCGCUUUCGAAGCUUGAAAUUUUGAUUCUAAAUAAUAACAACAUAAGUGCGGUCAAGAGGCGAGCGUUCGGCGAGCUCUCGUCCCUGCAGAUCCUGGAGUUGUCUGGCAACCGGCUGGCGCAGCUCUCCGUGGAGCAGUUCCACAACAUGCGGCAGCUGCGGCACCUGCGCCUCGCCGGCAACGAGCUGCGCGCGCUGUCGCGGGAUGUCUUCAAGAACACCGUGCUGGAGCACCUAGACCUCAGCGACAAUCAAAUAGCCAUCUUCCCGAGCAGCGCCCUGGCGCAGGUGGGCUUCACGCUUCGCCGACUUGACCUCGCACACAAUCGUCUGGAAUACUUAGACGCAGCUAUGUUUCACUCUAUCAGUUUCUUACACGAGCUCAGUCUCGCUCACAAUGGACUUACCGUCCUCUCAGAUAAUACAUUCUCUGGUCUGGCACGGCUUUGGUUCCUUGAUCUUUCUUACAAUAUGAUAAAAACUAAUUUCAAAGAAUUGUUUCAUAACUUGCCCCGCUUGCGCCAACUGUCGCUGGCGGGGACGGGGCUGAAGGUCGUUCCACAUCUACUGCUCGUUAAUCUCACAGUGCUGGACCUCAGUAACAACUACAUUGCGUCGUACCGCGAGUCUGAUGUGCGGCGGAUAGCUAACCUGCGCGUCUUGGACCUAGCUCGCAACCGUUUCACUUCACUGCAGCCUGCAAUGUGGACUGCUCUUCCUCGCCUCUCUUCGCUUGAUGUGUCGCACAAUCCCAUCGUGCGCGUCUCGCGCGGUGCUUUCGAGGGUCUUGACCAUCUACUACGUCUGCGGAUGGAUCAUCUGCGUCAACUAGAGGCUAUAGAACCUCGAGCUUUUAAACCCCUAGUAUCGCUGCGCUCACUCUGGCUCGAGUCCCUUCCUUUAACUGGUAGAUUGGAUGUAUCUUUUGCCGACAUAGCCGCGUGCACGCUAGGUUUAGAGACUCUGGAAGUGUAUCUACGUGAGAGUGUGCUGGACUCUCAAUUAAGUGGAAUGCGAGCACCAAAGCUUCGCGUGAUGUCUGUGCGAGGAGCUUCGCUGCGGCAUGUGUCGGAAUCGGCUUUCUCGUGCCUGCACCGGCAGCGCGCGCUGACACUGCGCAUAACGGGCACGAUGCUGCGCGCGCUGCCGCCGGGCUUGCUGCGCCCGCUAGCGCGCGUUCCGCACCUGGCCCUCGACCUCAGUGAUAACCAGCUCAGCAGCUUGGCUCCCACCACGCUCUACCCCAAUCUUACCGGUUGGAAUCGUCUCGCCACUAAGCUCCUGUCAGGUGGGUGUUGUUCGUGUAUCAUUACCUGUCUGGAAGCAAAAGUUUGUAGCAGAAUUUGUCGACAGGGGGAUUGGUGGUGUCGGGCAACCCACUCCGCUGUGGCUGCUCGGUGUCGUGGGUGGGCGCGUGGCUCCGGCGCUGGACGGCAGAGGUAGGCGCGUGGUCGGCAGGCGCGCGGGCGGCAGCGCGGCGCAGCA